AUGGCCAAGAUCAAUUUAAAAAAGACAUCCUAUGCUGGAACUAACUGGCUGAUUGAGAUUGUCUGCUUAAUUCAGACCAAGGGGAAUCCCAAAUGGAUUCAAUCUGUGCCCGUCUGGGAACGCUCACCCUGGGUAGAGACUGAAAUAGGAUAUCCAAUUUUAAUCAAUCAGGAAGGACCACGCCUCAUCAGCUCUCAUCUUCCCUUACAUCUUUUCCCCAAGUCUUUCUUCAGUUCCAAGGCUAAGAUGAUCUAUGUCAUCAGAAAUCCCAGAGAUGUUCUUGUGUCUGGUUAUUUUUUCUUUCAUAAGACAAACCUUGUUAAGAAUCCAGGUUCCCUGAUAAAGUAUUUUGAAUGGUUCCUCAAAGGAAAUG